UUCCCGGCUACCCACACCGCGCGAGAUCUCCGAUCCCCGCCCAAAUCCCACGACGCCGGCGGCGGCCAUGGGCGGCAAGGACCUGACGGAGGACCAGAUCGCCUCGAUGCGGGAGGCCUUCUCGCUGUUCGACACGGACGGGGACGGCCGCAUCGCGCCCUCGGAGCUGGGCGUCCUCAUGCGCUCCCUCGGCGGGAACCCCACGCAGGCGCAGCUCCGGGACAUCGCGGCGCAGGAGAAGCUCACCGCACCCUUCGACUUCCCGCGCUUUCUCGACCUCAUGCGCGCCCACCUCAAGCCCGAGCCCUUCGACCGCCCGCUCCGCGACGCCUUCCGCGUCCUCGACAAGGACGGCUCCGGCACCGUCGCCGUCGCCGACCUCCGCCACGUCCUCACCUCCAUCGGCGAGAAGCUCGAGGCCCACGAGUUCGACGAGUGGAUCCGCGAGGUCGACGUCGCGCCCGACGGCACCAUCCGCUACGACGACUUCAUCCUCCGCAUCGUCGCCAAAUGAUCCCGUCCCUUCUCCCUCGAGUCUCCGAUUCGCCGAUCCACCACCCCCGCGCUCUUCGUCUGUAAUGACUUCGUCUCCCGUCCGCCGUGAUUUCAUUUUGUUUACCCGCUAGCUCAUUUGAAUUCAGUUUGGCCUCUUCGUUCCGGGACUGCAACCUAGGGUCUGGAUAAACACAUAAUGGUUGGUGUGUGAGUGUGUGUGAUUAUCGCCCAAACAAUGGAUCGAUUAAUUAAUGGAUCUGGCUAGUGAUGUUGCUUUUGCUUA